UUGGAAUUUCUGGGCACUUUUGUGCUUAUUGCCAUGCAGUUUAUGAUAGAGCUACUUUAGGCUGGCCACCUGAGCAUGUAGGUAACUAAAAAUUGCACAGGAAUUGCAUCGUUUGUUGGCAUACGUUAUACUUAUAACAAAACAGUUCGACUGACAAUUUAUUAUUAAGCAGAUAAAACGAUUACACUGAUUCUCAAUAUCUUUGAUAAGAUUGGACAAUGAGCGAAAAGUGCUCGUUUAUGGGGUGGUGUUUUAAAACUGAAUAUGCACUGCACUAUUGUCAAAUUUUAUUCAUUUGUUGUAUUUAUCUUAGAAUUUUAUUACGUAAAUUUCAAGCUUUGGAUUUUGUAUGGUAGCCAUUUCUGGUGGCCGGAAUGAGUAAAAAAACGGUACGGAAGAUAUAACAAUUUCAUGCAGCUUGACGUUGAUAUUAAAAAAAAAAAUCUGAAUUUUGUGUUGCUAUGCGGUUCGUUCGUUUGCCUGUAUUCCAUAUGUUCAUUAAAUAUUACACGUCAAGAAUUCUGGGAGGUCGUACUUGCACAUUCGUUUGUUUACCGGGAAAAGAGAUGGGCAAGCUUUGAAAGUUUGCUGGAAAAUAUUCCUUCUGGAUUCUGGUUGUGGAGAUUAUUUGAUUUUCCAGGGUUCUGAUCUUGAUAUCUAUGCACUUGAAAAAGUUUAGUAUUAAUAUGAUUCCUAUACACUUUAAAAAAAGUCAAUGUAGAUCAUAUAUCCUUCCUAUCGAGUGUUAAAUCAUGCAAUCAAGAUAUUGCAUAUUUAUGAUUUUCAUAUUAAAUCAUUUGUCAUGAUUUAGUUAUAAAAAUGUAGACUGAUAUUUUAAUUAGUAGAGAUCUUGUUUCCUUUCUAUCGACUGUUAAUGCAAUCAGAAUGUUACAUUUAUGUUCUCGUGAAAAAUCUUACAUCAUUUAUGUCAUGAUCUAAUUAUAAAAAAUAGACUGAUAUUUUAAUUAAAGAAUCUCCUAGCCAAGACGUAAGAAAUUACAUUUUAGUGUAAUCGUUACAUUAAUGUUAUUAUAUUAAUUUAGAUGCAUUAAAAAAAAGAAAAAUAUAGUGAAGAGUGUAAAAAUGGGAAGUGAUGGGUCGUCUUUUGUUUAUGUUGGGCGGGUUUCAUUGCUCUUUCCAUUUCCAUUAGAUCCUUCCGUCACUGUUGAGGAUUCAUUUUAAAUUAGUACAUUGUAAAAGGUAAGGAAAUUACGGUGUCAUUUCGGGUUUCGUUCAGAUGAAUUACGUAGACUUUUCAGAAAUUAAGGGAUUGUGUAGUUGUAAGCAUCCAUGCUAACGUCAUAUGGUUGGGUCUUAAUAAUUUGUUGGUAAAUCGAGAUAGUCAAGGAAUGCAAUGGUUUUGUUAUUAUUUUUAGCUAUCUAUUAAGGGAGGGUCUGGCUGCCGUGCAAAAUUGUGAAGUUCUAAUUCUAUUUAUUGUCUAUUAUAUAUUCUCUUCGUUAAAAAAUGUAAAGUAUUUUUAAUUGAAUUUUAUUCUUCAAUAAAGUAGUUACUUAUUUUCUAAUUGAUUCUAUUUUUUUAUAUUUAUUUUUAUUAAAUAUUUUAUAAUAAAUAUGAAGUGAUUAUUAAUAAGAGUACUUUUGAAAAAAAAAAUAAUGAUUACAUUUAGAAAGAUAAAAAAUAUUUUACAUUUUUAAACAUUCAACGUUUUAAAAAAAUGCUUUGUAUUUUUAAACAGAGGAAGUACGGUGAUAGUUUUGAAUUUCUGUUGUCUAUGAUUUCAAGUCUGCUUAAUUCUUAUGCUUUGGAUGGGAAGCCUUCGGCUGCAAUUGGCUUUUGCAAGAUGGUGUAGGAAUGGUUGACUUGUGCAAUUUCAAAAAAAUUUGUGCGUUGUUGCAGAACUGUUGUAUACGGAAUAUUUUUGGGGGUUGAUUGGUUAGAAGGGAGGGGAGGGAUGUUGACCCUUUUUCCUUAUUUUGGUUUGAAAAAUUAGAGAGAAGGGGAGGGGAGAAAAGGGUAGAUUUUUUAAAAUUUUUCUUCCCCUCUAAAUUGGGGGGAUUGGGAAUGGAGGAAUAAAAUUUUUCAUAUCCUAAUCAAUAUGCCUUCUAUGAAAAGUUUAAAAAAUAUAGAUGUACUUCUCUAGUAUCUCAACACCGAUAAAAUAAAUGUAAAAUUAUUUAUAAAAAAUAGUUUUUCCCACUCCUUUUGAAUCAAAUAAGAUAACAUCAACUCCCUCUCUUCCAUUAAAAUUUUUCUCUUUCUUUCCAUUAAAAUUUUUCCUUCUCUUCUUAAACCAAACACAUUCUUAAUAUGUUGGUCAAUUGUUGGUUUCAAAAAACGAAAAAAGCGAAAAUAGAGAGAGAACAUUCGUUUGUCGAUGGGUUUUACAGAUAGGGAACUGCUUAGGACGUCCGUUGCGAUAAUAGCAAUGAAGUGAAUUUAUGGUUUGUUGAGAGUUAAUUUUUAUUCAACCCAACUCGUCUGUCUUCGUUACGGGAACUGGUGGAAAUUAUUUUGAUAUUCAAGCAACAUGUUUUUUUUUGUGAGGUCUCAAUUUUCAAUUACUUAUUGAAGUAAUGAUAAUUUAAUUAAUAAAGGUUGUUCCAAUUGAUAAUGUUUGACUUAUAAUUUAAGAAGCUAUAAAAUUAAAUUUUGGUAUCAAUGGGAAGAUUUUGUUAGUGAGUGAUUGUGGAGUAUUUCAAUAAGUGCUUUUUGAAUUUGGAGGUCAAUUUUAGUCCUAGUUAAUUUUUAAGGAUUUAACUUGUAAACCUUCCUAUAUAGAAAAAAGUGAUGAGAAUUUAUAUCACUCUCAUCAGUGUUAGUUGGUUCAAACAACAUUUUAGUUAGUGGUGAUAUUGGACUAAUUGCCUUUCGAGUCUACGUUUGGAUAUGUGAAGCUAAAAUUAUAAUUUUGUGAAAAUAUAUUCAAGUUACUUUAUUACAUAUUACAAUUAAAUAUAAAUUCAAAUCAUGAACUUUUUAAAAAAAUAUGUAAAUGUGAAUAUAUGUCAAAAUUAAUUAUAAACUUAAAUUAUCUCUUAAAUUAUUAUUAUUUAUUUUUUAAAAUUAAUUUUAUAAAUCAAUUACAUCUAUUGUUAAUUUUUCAAAUUCAAAUUUGAGCAUUAACGGAAAACAAAUACUAAGUGACUUAAUGGCGAUUAUGUGGCAUCACUUUAUAGAUUGGCAACUUAAUAGCGGUUACAUAAUGUUCCUUUUAAUUUUUUGGCAUUCGUUGUUUCGCUCUUUAGUUGCUUCAACUUCUCAACACCUCAUAGCUGUCCCUCCCGCCAAAAAUGGCACGCCCCGCACAAGAGCAACUCUCCCUCCUCCGCUCCUUAAUUGAUGCUAGAAGCUUCGAUGAGGCGACGCUUCGAAUUCUCCGGUCUUUUCUGGUCUCCAAAGAUGUGGAAUCGUCGAUGCAAGUUCGAUAUAGCUUCACAGAGUUCCUCAGAUCUCAAUCCAUCUCCGUUAUUCGCUCAAUUGCCUCAAAAACUGUCCUGGAGAAGCUUUAUAUCCUCGAUUUUUUUGUUCGAGCUUUUGCUAUCGUCGGAGAUGUAGAGAGUUGCUUGGCUUUGAGAUACGAGGCUUUGCUUAUGAGAAACCUCAAGUCUGCCAGUUAUCAAUGGCUACAUGUCUCGUCUGUUGAAUGGUUAAAUUUUGUGGAAGACGCGCUGCAUAGCGGUUUUCAUUCCAUCGCAGAGAAGGCAUGUCAGCACGCAUUACUGAGCAUUAGGAAGAAUGAUGUUCUGGAGCCUGGGCUAGAUGGAGUUCCUGAAAAUGCUGGAGCAAUUAGGACGAUGACGAGGCUGAGGAACUGCGCAAUGACAUCUAUUGCUUCACGCUCUGUUCAGGCACAAGCAGCGGAGUACCUAACAAGGAAAUCAUCUGAACAGGGAAAGUCGAAAAUAAUCUGCGAAGAAAAACAGUGUCUAGCAAGCACGUCCUUUAGAAAUGGAAUAAAGAGGCAGAAUAUGCGGAAGUUACAGGAAAAACGAAGCCCUCUGCAGAUCAAUGAUGAAUGAAUUCGACAUCUAUCAAAUUUGUGGUCAAUCAAAUUCACUGAUUAAGCAUAUGGGAGCUUUUCAAAGUGCAGUUUUGACACUUGAUCAGAUUUCAUGCAUGCUAUAAGGGUGCAAUGGGUGUGGGAGUUACUUCUGAUAGAUGAAGGAUGGUUAAACAAAAUAUCUUGAGUCUGCCUUAUAUUUGAACAGUUAAUAAAUAUCGUAAUAUCAGGCUAUUUUGAUCCUCUGAA